GACUGCUCAGAGAAAUGAAAGGAGCUCUUUUCCGAUGUCUGGCAAGGAGAAAGGUGUCAACAUUGCAGGGAGCAACCAGCUGAAGUUCACUGCCGGAGCUGACAGCAGACAUCUGAUGCCAUUUGGAAGGUACACAUCUCAGAAGCGUCUUCAACAUGUUGUGUCGAGUGAUUCUAUGCGUUACUUUGCUUGUUUUCCUCCCGCGGGACAUCUGCUCUUCUGAGGCCGAGAACCGAUCUGCUUCAGACGUCUGUUCAAUGCACACAAUCCUACCUGGACCCAAAGGUGACAAUGGUGAAAAAGGUGGUACAGGCGAGACUGGAAAACAAGGAAAGGAAGGUCCCAAGGGUUUAAGGGGUAAUAAAGGAAUACCUGGUGAUGGAGGUGAUCACGGCCUUAUAGGUAAAAUUGGUCCAAUUGGGAAUAAAGGUGACAAGGGAUACAAAGGUUUACCUGGACUAGCAGGAGGGAAGGGGAAACCAGGCACCUUCUGUGACUGCGGAAGAUAUCGCAGAGCUGUUGGCCACCUGGAUGUAAAAGUCACUCAGCUCAAGUCCUCCUUACAAUUUGUGAAAAAUGUCAUCGCUGGCAUCCGGGAAACAGAAGAGAAGUUCUAUUACAUUGUAAAAGAAGCGAGCAGUUACAGGGACGCCCUGACGCAGUGUCGGAUCAGAGGGGGCACCCUGGCAAUGCCAAAGGACCAAAGCACCAACUCACUGAUGGCGGAGUACCUCUCCAGCCUGGGAUUGUUACGGGUCUUCAUUGGCAUCAAUGACUUUGACAGAGAGAAGCAGUUCAUGUACGUGGACAGAACUCCAGUGCAGGACUACAGCAACUGGAAGGACGGGGAGCCUAACGAUGCCUCGGGCCACGAGGACUGCGUGGAGAUGCUGAGCAGCGGCGCCUGGAAUGAUGUCGACUGUCAGCUGACUAUUUACUUUGUCUGUGAGUUCCUGAAAAAGGCCAAAUAAUCGCCAUAGGAAAUGGCCUUAUGUCCUUAUAAUAUCAUACAUGUGUAAAACCAGUAUAACCGUGCAAUUACAGCUAUAACAUGG